CUGAGUUUCCAUUCAUAUGUUGGCUAAUCUAGCCUAUAUAAUCUUGUAUGUCUCAUCUUUGAAAGAUAAUAUCCACACCUCCUCCAGCAUGCAGUCGUCACUAUUGAGCAGUGGCCCGGGGGUUUAUUCUAUCGUGAGUAUGGACAAUCCUGGUGUCCUUUACAGUUACUGGCAAGACCGGUCCAACAACUCGGCAAUGCUGGGCACAUUGAUCCCAUGGAAUAACACCACCACACUAGCGAACAGCGAGGCUGCAUUCGUGCAGCUCUGGCUUCUCGAAACGCCCAAUCCCACCACUCCUGGUGUCAUAGUAUAUACCAUGCGGAACCUCAGUACCGACAAACCUGCUUCUAACACAUCCGACCAUUGGACAAUUACACCACAUCCCUCGGGGUUCUACCGUAUCACAAAUAAGCGGUUUGGAAGAAACCGCGAUAUCGAAACAAUGCUGAAUGGAUACACCGCGUGGCCGAUGAAGUCGCAAAUGUAUAUACAGGAUCAAGAGUAUCUCGUCCUAUCGCAAGGCAUGUUAAGAGAAAUUUGGAAGUACAUGACGAAGCACAAUUAUCGUCAGGAGAUAUAUGACGAAAAUGAUCUUGCUAUAGCAUUCAAAUCGGCCGUGGCCAAGUGGGGGGUUCGGUCCAAUAUAGCCUUUUUUUGUGCCUUCAUGACCGCAGGUCCCAAUCCCAGCCCUCGCACAUUAAACAGCUAUAUUAUGACUCUGUCUUCAGACCAUAAGCAGCUCCUGUUUAUGAAGUGAGUCUCUCGUUUGCAUACUACGUCUUGAGACCUGUGGUAACACAAACUCGGCUCAAUUCAGCCCUAAGAAUGGUGGUUUCGAGAAACCCGCUGGCAUAAACCAAAAUCGGCAGUUCACCGGAAUUGCUUGAAUUAUUUUGUACCAUGAAUUUUGACGCGGAUCCCCACCUUUUAUUGAGGAAAGAGAUGUAAAUCAG